AUGGCAGGCCUGCCCCCGUCGCUUCGGGGGCUUCUCCAGCAGUUCGGGGGAUUGGUCGGUCCUGGCAAUGGAGCAGACAGCCAGGAUCUGCCGGAUACAUCUGAACAAGUGUACAUCUCUUCUCUCGCGCUCCUCAAGAUGCUUAAACAUGGACGGGCGGGGGUACCCAUGGAGGUGAUGGGGUUGAUGCUGGGAGAGUUUAUUGACGAUUACACUGUUCGAGUUGUUGACGUCUUUUCAAUGCCGCAAUCCGGCAACAGCGUGUCUAUCGAGGCAGUGGAUUACGUUUACCAGACGGAAAUGCUAGAACAACUUAAAAGGACCGGCAGGCCGGAGAUGGUUGUUGGCUGGUACCACUCUCACCCCGGUUUCGGUUGCUGGUUUUCAGGGACCGACGUCAGUACGCAGCAGAGCUUCGAGCAGCUGAACCAGCGAGCAGUUGGAGUAGUGAUCGACCCGAUACAGUCAGUGAAGGGAAAAGUCGUGAUGGACUGCUUCCGACUCAUCAACCCCCACCUCGUGAUGCUCGGCCAAGAGCCCCGUCAGACAACUUCUAAUAUUGGCCAUCUGCAGCGUCCUACCAUCACUGCCUUGGUUCACGGACUCAACAGGAACUACUAUUCGAUUGCAAUCAACUGCAGGAAAGGAGAGCUAGAACAUCAGAUGCUCACGAAUCUUCACAAAAACAAAUGGAAUGAUGCCCUUAAGCUGCAGAAUUUUGAGGAUCAUCAUCGUGAGAGAGAAGAGGCUGUCGCUUCAUUAAAGUCUCUAAGUGCUAAGUACACUACCAUGAUAGAAGAAGAAAUCAAAAAGAAGCCCGAGCAGCUACUCGUGGACCGAGCCGGGCAAGUCGAUGCCAAAAUGAGGCUCCAGACGACCCUAGACACGCUGGUAACAGACACACUGCUCCAGUCUCUGGGUAGCAUGAUAUCGACACUCGUCUUUUAA